AUGGCCGUCCGCCUGAGCGCCCCUCUGCCUGGGGGAAUAUUGUGCUUUAGUGAACUUUUUUUUGUGAAAGAGCCUCAGGAUGUGACUGUUGCCAGGAAGGAGGCCGUGGUUCUAGAUUGCCAGGCACGUGGCGAAGUUCCGAUCACCGUCACGUGGCUUAAAAAUGGGGCGAAGGUUUCUGAGAACGAACGGAUCUACACUUUAUCGAAUGGCUCUUUGUACAUCAGUGAGAUGGAGAGCAAACGAGGUGAAGCGUUGGAUGAAGGAUUGUACCAGUGCCUGGCUCUGAACAAAUAUGGCGCCAUCCUCAGCCAGAAAGCCCACCUUACGUUAGCAACCAUGUCCGCAUUUGAAAUACAGCCUCUUUCAACCGAGGUUCACGAAGGAGGCGUGGCUCGGUUUGCUUGUAAAAUAGCUGCCAACCCCCCUGCCAUCAUUACCUGGGAGGUAAAUCGGACGACUUUGCCAAUAGCCAUGGACAGGAUAACUGCGUUGCCGUCAGGAGUGCUGCAGAUCUAUGGUGUCCAACAGAAGGAUGCUGGGAAUUAUCGCUGUGUUGCGACAACCGUAGCCAACAGGCGGAAAAGUGCAGAGGCGAGCCUCACCGUUGUCCCAGCUUCCAACAUCAAACUUUUCCACAAGCCAUCCAUUAUAGCCGGUCCUCAGAACAUUACAGCUUCUCUUCACCAAACCGCCAUCUUUGAAUGCAUCGCUACUGGGAAUCCAAAGCCUAUUGUGUCAUGGAGCCGUUUAGAUCACAAGUCCAUUGAUGUCUUCAACACUCGUGUGCUCGGGAAUGGAAAUCUCAUGAUCUCAGACGUGAAAGUACAGCACUCUGGAGUUUACAUCUGCCGCGCAACGAUUCCCGGCACACGCAACUUCACCACUGCAAUGGCAACGCUUGUCGUGCUAGCUCCUCCUUCGUUCGUGGAGUGGCCGGAAAGCCUGACCAGGCCCCGAGCCGGCACAGCCCGCUUUGCCUGCCAGGCCGAAGGCACCCCGCCUCCCAAGAUGUCCUGGCUGAAGAAUGGGAGGAAGAUCCAUUCCAACGGCAGAAUAAAAAUGUACAACAGCAAAUUGGUGAUCAACCAGAUCAUCCCUGAAGAUGACGCCAUCUACCAGUGCAUGGCUGAGAACAGCCAAGGCUCCAUCCUCUCCAGGGCACGGCUGACGGUCGUUCUGUCCGAAGACCGGCCCAGCGCACCUUGCAACGUCCACGCGGAGACCAUGUCAAGUUCGGCCAUUCUUUUGGCCUGGGAGAGGCCCCUUUAUAAUUCAGACAAAGUCAUCGCUUACUCCGUGCACUACAUGAAAGCAGAAGGUUUAAAUAAUGAAGAAUAUCAAGUGGUUAUUGGAAAUGACACAACUCAUUAUAUUAUUGAUGACCUGGAGCCUGCCAGCAACUACACCUUCUAUAUUGUGGCCUACAUGCCGUUGGGUGCUAGUCAGAUGUCUGACCAUGUGACACAGCAUACACUGGAAGACAUCCCCCUGAGGGCUCCCGAAAUCAGCUUGACCAGCCGAAGUCCCACAGACAUUCUCAUCUCAUGGCUGCCAAUUCCGGCGAAGUAUAGACGCGGGCAAGUGGUCUCCUUCCGCUUGUCCUUUCGCCUCAGCACCGAGAGCACAGUUCAAGUCCUCGAGCUUCCAGGCACGACAUAUGAGCAUCUUCUCGGGGGCCUGAAACCCAACAGCAUCUAUUUAGUUCGUAUAUCUGCAGCGACACGGAUUGGCUGGGGGGAAGCAUCCCUGUGGACAUCGCAUCGCACUCCAAAAGCUACAAGUGUCGAAGCGCCGAAAUCUCCUGAGCUGCAUUUGGAGCCCAUGAACUGCACAACCAUCAUGGUGAGGUGGCAGCAAGACUUGGAGGACACGGCGGCCGUCCAGGGCUACAAGUUGUACUACAAGGAAGAAGGCCAACAGGAAAAUGGGCCAAUCCUGCUGGAAGCCAGUGACUUGACACACACCAUUAGUGGUUUGGACCCCAGAAGGAAGUAUCACGUCCGGCUUCUGGCCUAUAACAGCAUAGAAGAAGGUUACCAGGCCGAUCAAACUGUCAGCACACCUGGAUGCGUCUCUGUCCGUGACCGACUGGUGCCUCCUCCGCCCCCUCCUCACCACCUUUAUGCCAAGGCGAAUUCCUCGACUUCCAUCCACCUGCACUGGGGCCGUCCUGCGUUCACAUCGGCACAGGUCAUCAACUACACUCUCCGCUGUAAUCCGGUGGGGCUGCAGAAUGCUUCGCUGGUCCUCUACCUUCAAACGUCAGAAACUCACAUGCUGGUUCAGGGACUUGAACCAAGCACCAAGUAUGAGUUUGCAGUCCGGCUGCAUGUGGACCAGCUCUCAAGCCCUUGGAGUCCCGUGGUUUACCACACUACACUUCCUGAAGCACCAGCUGGUCCCCCGCUGGGAGUGAAGGUGACUCUGAUAGAGGAGGACACGGCCUUGGUGUCCUGGAAGCCGCCUGGUGGCCUUCGUACCCUCGUCUCUCGCUACACCAUCCUCUAUGCAUCCCGGAAAGCUUGGAUUGCUGGCGAAUGGCAAGUCCUGCACAGGGAAGGAACGAUAACGAUGGCUUUGCUGGAGAACCUCCUGGCCGGAAACGUCUACCUCGUUAAAAUAGCUGCAUCCAAUGAAGUUGGGGAGGGGCCUUUCUCCAACGCCGUCGAACUGGCCGUCUUACCAAAGGAAGCAUCAGAGUCAAACCAAAGACCCAAACGGCUGGAUUCGGCAGAUGGCGACACAGCUUAUUCCGGCUACUACCAGUUGGACCGGAAGUCAAUGACGGGCAUCAUCGCCGGCGUCUGCAUUGCCCUGACGUGCAUCUUGAUCUGCGUCCUCAUCCUGAUCUAUCGCAGCAAAGCCAGGAAAACGUCGGCCCCCAAAAGCAGCCAGCAAGGUUCCGAGCCGCUUUCUCACCAGAGCCUGUCUUCCGUGGGUGCCCGGGAACUGGGCAAGAGCCUUGGGGACAUUGCGGAGAACGAGGAAUCUUUAUUGCCCAUGAUGGUGGGCAGCAACUUCCUAGAUGCCAAGGGUGGAACCGACCUGGUUAUAAACAGCUUUGGUCCAAUCGCAAAGAACAGCUCGAGGAAGAAAUGGCUCUUUUUUCAAGACUCAAAGAAGGUGAAAGCUGAAGAGGCCGAGAGACGAUUUGCCCAAGCAGUGUGCUUGUACCAGUCGGGCACCGCUGAUCUCGGCGGGAGAUCCUCGGAGCCGCAGCCAAACUACCAAACCACGUACGGCAUCGUGGCCGACACAGAGCAUUCCGCCAACAGCGAAGGAAGCCACGAAACCGGCGACUCCGGAAGGUUCUCUCACGAGUCCAGCGAAGAACUGCCUCUCUCCACAGACACGGCUGCGCCCCCAUCGGCCUCCGAUCCCUUCGUAGGCAAUGACUUGCGUGUGGCCAGCGGGUUUGCCAUCCCAAGUGCUUGCAAAGAGCCUCCCGACCAAAGCGCUCCACCGCCUCCUCAGCUGCUGCCCACGGGACAGCACUGAGUUACCGGCCAGAUGACGCGUGUGUGUGUGUGUUUGUGUCUGUUCCAAGGACAAUGAACAGCGAGCCAAAGCUUUAAGGGGAACCUGAGAGGGCCAGCAGGUGACUCCACGUUUCUGUCGACUUCUGUCUCUUGUCUUUUUUUUUUUAAUGUGUUAAACUCACUCAUUUGAAUGUUCAGUGCUCAACAAUGUGAAAGGGGAGUACAGAUUUCUGAG